AUGGUCAUGAGCUCCUAUUUGAUCAACUCCAACUAUGUGGACCCCAAAUUCCCACCCUGCGAGGAAUACUCACACAGCGACUAUCUACACAGCAACUCUCCGGAAUAUCACCGCUCCCAAAAGCAUGAGCCUUCCGCAUUCCAACUAGACUCUACUACCUACCACCACACGCACCCUAACCAGGAGCGUGCGGAGCCACAGUACACCCAAUGUCAGCGGGCUGGGAAGCAAGCCUCGGUGGUGAUGCCCCCUCGCGGCCUCGUUAUUCCCCAAACAGGAGUAAAAAUCGACCAAAUCCCGGAGCACGACCGGGACUCAGUGACACCCAGCCCAUCUCCGCCUCGGUCGCGCGAGGCGCCGUCUCACGCCCAACACACUUCUCCCCCUACAUACACUAAAAAAGGCCCCGCAGUGUAUCCGUGGAUGAAGAAAGUCCAUGUAAACAUUGAGAGUUCAGACUACAAAGGCGGAGAGCCAAAGCGCUAUCGGACAGCGUACACUUGCCAGCAAGUUCUGGAGCUUGAGAAGGAGUUCCACUACAACCGAUACCUGACGCGCAGGCGCAGGGUGGAGAUAGCGCACACAUUGUGUCUGUCAGAGCGCCAGAUCAAAAUCUGGUUUCAGAACCGGCGAAUGAAAUGGAAGAAGGAUCAUAAAUUGCCCAACACCAAGGUCCGGUCUGGGAAUCACUCAAACGCCCAAUGUUACACUGCAACCUCCACCUGA